CGGGUCAAAUGAGGAAGCUGAGUCCACUCAACUAGAAGAGAAGCAAAGACAAAGUCAUCAUGGCUUCAGUGUCUACGCAUGAAAACCAAGAUAAAGGUCCCCAUUUGCCACCACCAAGCAAGCAGAGUCUGUUGUUUUGUCCAAAAUCAAAACUGCACAUCCGCAAAUCAGAGAUUUCAAAGAUUAUCCGGGAAUGUCAAGAAGAAAGUUUCUGGAAGAGAGGUUAUUUAGCAGCUAAUCCAAGAUUUGGAUCAUUGCCUAAAGUUGCACUUGCUGGUAUCUUGGGAUUUGGCCUUGGAAAGGCAUCAUACAUAAGAGUAUGCCAGAGUAAAUUCCAUUCCUUUGAAGGUCAGCUGCGUGGGGCUGGUUUUGGUCCAGGGCAUAACAGGCACUGCCUGCUUACCUGUGAGGAAUGCAAAACAAAGCCUGGAUUAAAUAAGGAGGGAAGUUCACAGCCUUCGACUUCCUAAACUCUGUCUGUGGGUUUUCAAGUUUCUAAAAACAUCUGAAUUUGUACACCUUUAAAAUGUCAAAUGUACUUUAAAAUAAUUUACUUAUAGUAGAACAGAAACAUUGUGAUUCUCUCACUCUAUUGAAAUGCUUUCGCCGGCUGAUUCUCCAUUGAAUUGAGCAUUCCAUGUUUUUCUGUUGUUUAAGAACAUGUUGGGAGCAUUCAUACACCAAUAGAAAUUCUGUUGCACUCUUACUUGCUUACAGCUAAAUAAAAGAAUUUAGAGUCUU